GCUGGUUUUUCGGUCAUGUUUGUUGCAUACUCGUGUUCUCCCACAAAGACACACAUGGACGCCGUUUGUGCUCAUGUAAGUAUGUACGCGCUUGCAGGAUGGAUGACAUGGUGCAGUUUGACGAUCAGACAUCAAUCAACCCAUACAUAACACCCCGAGCAUUCGAUCAGUAGCACAUCGACAGAGUCAUUCACUCACCGAUCCACACCACACGACAUGACGGAAAAGGUGGAAGGUCAAGCCACGUGUUCCUGUGCCUGCAUGUCUGCGGCGCCCCCAGCAGGCACAUCAGCAGCAGCAGCAGCAGCAACGGUCUGCUCCGGCCCCUCGCCACCGGGCGGUGGAUAGACCUCCACAUCCCCCACCGGCACCGGAGGCGGGCCAAGUGCGUCAGCACCACCAGCAGCCAUACCGGCACGCCAGUUGGUCGUGGCGUAGGUCUCGAGCUGCCACACACACGCAGGGUGAGAGGGUGUGUGUGGGGGGGGGGAUGCGACAGUGCGUUCGCUUACCUUGGGGCCCGCCUGCUGAUACUUCUUGAGUUUGAACAUUUCUUUCUGGUGUGCGGCAGCCUGUAGCUCCUUGACCUUCCGCACCACCGACGCAUGGCCCUGGGCAGCCUGAGCGAGACACACGCAUAGAGGAGAGAGGGAGACAUGGGUGAGCCGGCCAGGUCUGAGCUUCCUCACUGCUGCCUGGCUGCCUCACUCUGGUGAUCUUGGGCUGCUUGGUGGAUGUGACGGCCUUCUCGUGCUCGUGGUCAUACCACUCAUACCGCUUCGCCAGCAUGUCCACGCCGGCCUGCAUUGCAUUCAUGCAGUCGACUCACACACAACGAUUGAACAUUUUUCCCCAUUGUGUGUGUGUGUGUGUGUGUUGUUGGCCCACCCGUCCGUAGUCGUCCAUGAUGACUCUCGCCAUGGGCGUCGAAGGACGCCCCCGCAUGCCAUAGACGAAACCUGACACACACGAGAGACGCAGAGGACAGGCAGCAGUGGGGGCGAAUACAGAGAGAUAGGGAGGAGGAAGACACUGCGUGGCGACUUGGGUUGUGGUCGGAUGGUAUGUUCUUGGAGGGGUUUGUCAGGAUGAUGUUUUUGAUGGUCACAUUGGUCGUCGCCUUGCGCAGGGCCGCCUGCUCCUGCACACACACCGCACAGCCACACACCGAUCAGCGCCGUCCGUCACGACUCACGAGCCGCAGACCAGACCAGGAAGGGCCGACCUUUGCAGUGACGAGCUUUUCGUGUAUGGCCAUCUUGUUGACCUUUUUGAAGUCCUGCACCCUCAACUCAGGCCUUGGCUUGGGCUGCAACAAGGCAAGCAGGAGUCAGAGGAGCCAGCCAAUGCCUUCCAUGCUAUGAAUGAGCCCCAAUGCAGGAAGCAGCGAAAUCUCCCUCUCUCCCUCUCUCUCUCCCUCUCCCCUGCACCCCUGACUGACCUUGUGGUGGACCCAUAUGGAUGUGACCUCCUUGGCCCCUUCCCUGUCGUACGCGAGCGCCUUGCCGUAUUUGAAGCUAUCGCCGGGAAGGUCAAAGUAUGUGGGCUUGCUGCGACCGACGUCGUCCUUGACCAGCAGGUGAUUCCUCGUCUUAUUCGCUGGAUGGUGGGCCACUACCACCGUGCUCGCCAUGGCUUUCGUUGUUCACCACCGGAAAAC